GUAGGCAACCAGAAAGUGAUUUCUCCAUUAUGGAAGUGUUUGUAUGGGCAGGUGCCUCACCCAAAACACCACAGACGAUGUGCUGACACUUCACUGUGGCGUUCUAGUGACUGGGUCAUUGGCACUCACUCAUGGACAUCUCACAGCCAGAGGAGCAUUCAAGAGAGAUGGGUAAAUCAAGCAGAGCCUCUUAGAGCUGCUGUGUUUACAAACAGCAUCUAUUGCCAGAGCUGUCAAUCCACAAACAGAAGCCAGAGCUCUUUGGGAGACAGAAAGAAAGUUACACAGCAGUAACAUAAGAAAAAAUGCUCAUGUCUUCAUGAGCUAUGACCUGUAUUUUUCACAGGUGGAAAAGCUGUCAACUCACUAAAACAAAAGAAAGAAAAAUUAGAAGUCCUUCUUCUGCUAUGAACAUUAGAAAGCUUCUUCUGAAAAAUAUGUUUUUCCUUGUCAUGAAUCAGAAUUUCUUUUUAUUGGAAAAAAAAAAGGUUAUUGGUGGGAGAAGUGAAAUAUCUCCCUGUUUUAGACCUUCAGACAUGAAAAUAAUAAUGCUCUGUCCCAGCUGUGACAGAAGAAGGCUGCUUUUUUCUUGUGACUCCAUUACACAAAAGUAACUAGUAAAGACACAAGAAACAAUCACAACAAUGACAACUUCAGAUGAAAACAACUUUUUUCAUCUGAACUAGUUGAAAUAAUAAUGUCAACCAUUAUACUGAACCACAGCCAUUUACAGAUCAAAACACAGCAAAUACACAAAAGCACGAGGCAACUUUUGCAGCUCUCUGGGACUGAAAGGGAAGAAGUCUUUGUGUGAAGCUGCUGGAAGGGUAUGGAGGUGGAGGCAAAAUAUAAUGCCCUGGGACACAGACACUGAGAUUCCUAGCUUUGCUGGGAUUUCGUGUAUCCCAGAGCAUGUGGUCUUGUCCGUAGGUAUGGCCACAGUGACGUAAAACAGUGCCACAUCCUGGUCCACAAGUUCCUGACUGCCAGGCUCUGCCAGCCACCUCUUCUGCUGGAACAAACCUGCUUGGCUAAUGAGGUCUGACAGGGCCAGGGUCAGGGUAAAACUGUUGUUCUGGAAAGCAAAGCAGAACAAAACCACCAAGGCAAUCUAUUAUGAGCAGUAACUUGGUAUCAUAGUAUGAAGAUCUGAACAAAUUCUGCUUGAAAGAAAUCCUCAAAAUCUGUUCCUUUAAAGGUGGCAGAUCUGUUGUUCAUGCUUAACUGAACCCAGUGUUACAAAUCUGUGCAGGUUACACUCAGAGGACCUGACUAACUGUCCUGUAUGUAUGGGGAAGCAAAGAACAAGUUGAUGAGAAAUUAUUUUGGUUUGGGCUGUCUCCCUCCAAAAAUUGGAAACUUUAAUACUGUUGCUGACAUACUUCAACAUAGAGGAGACUUGUGUCCAGGGAAAGUCAAUGUAUUCAUAUAUUCAUUAUUCCAUGUUUCAUUUUGCAACAUCUUUUUUUUCUGUUGGCUGAAUCUACAGGAUUUUUCAGAACUUUCAGCUUCUGGCUAAAAGGAAUCAAUUUAACAUGGUGAGACAUCUAGAUUUGUUGAGAAGCCUCAAGCUCCCUUGUAAAUAUGAAGGGCUGAGUGGAGAAUGGUUACGAAAAGUCUCUAGGUAUUCAGUGUUUUCCUGUGACCCAUGUAACAAGAAGUCGUGCUUUAAUGAAAAACCUGAAUUAAAAUUCAGAAGAACAAAACAGAUUAUUUAAUUUUUAAAAGUUCUAAGUGUUUGUUUUUGUUGUGGCCCACCAUUUUUGGAGCUGUCAACCGUGCAGGGCUGAUGCAAAAGCUGCGGAGGCUUCAGUAAAGUUAUAAUGAAGAGGUCCAGACUGAUCACUGGUACUGCACUGCCCAGUGGCACAGCCAAGUGUUUAAUCAAGGUGGGGGCAAUGGGGAGAUUUUCCUUUAACAAACUCCAAGCACCCAGGGAAGCUUGCAGCUUUGCUCUGUGAAUGAGUGACCUAGCACAUGCUUUCUUUCUGUUCUGUGUACUUGUCUUCCUUUCUGCUUCUUCAGGAUCAGCCAGCUUUACUGGCCAAGUGGUCAGCUAUGCUUCGGAGGAAGCGCCCAUUCCACCCAUCCAUCCAGGUGUUAGCACCCAGCCAGUUCCUCAUCACAGUUCCUCUGCGUGGCCUGACGGGUUACAGGGAGUGCCAGGUACGGCACUGGCGCUAUUACACCGUGCAUGGAGCCAAGCUCCUCUCCUCCGUGCGAGACCCUGAGGAACUGCACCAGUGGCUGGAGGUGGAGCAGUUCUCAAAAAGCCUCCAGCAGUGGCAUGAAGAGGAUGUGAACAUCGAGGGUGAUCUGGUUCCAGCCAAGGUCCUUAUCGUCUUCCGGGAGCUGGUGGAGAAGUCGAUUGUCUCCUGUAACCUCUCCAGUAAAGUGACAGUGCUGGAGAGCUUCAGCUCAGUGGUCCGUGUGGCUGUGGAGACGUCAGAAUCCCAGGUUGAGGUGGAGCUGGUCCCUGCUGUGGAGAUUCCAACGUGCUGGCCUGAGAAAGCCCGGUGGCCUCGUUGCCUUAAGCGUUGGCCUUCUCAGGAAAAAGUGCAAUGCAUCAAGUCGCUGGGUUUCGACCUCCUAGCCCGCUCUAAUUAUCACUGGCAGCUGUGCUUCUCCCGUGCUGAGCACAUCCUCAUGGAGGGACUUGAUGAAGAUGGUGGCUGUCGCAGGAAGUGCUUCAGGGUCAUGAGGCAGAUGAAGGAAGAUGUCUGGUGUGCUGGCAAUAAGCCUGUCAUCACAGCUUAUCACCUUCAGACAGUGCUAUUCUGGACGUGUGAAAAAUACCCACGCACCAAGGAUUGGCGCUGCUUCCCUGAAGCCUUUCUGAGGCUGGUACAGAAGCUGCACAAGUGUGUAAGCCAGCACUUCCUCAAGCAUUACUUUCUCAAGAACACCAAUCUGCUCAAAUAUGCCAACACCAGUGACCUGGACCUGGUGGCCAGCAAGCUGGCAGUCUUCUUGGAGAACCCUGUUUUCUGCCUGGACUAAGGCAGGCAAAGU